AACACCGGUGCCUCGCAGCAUGAAGUGCCUGAACAACCGGGCCGAGAGCCACCUGACCGGGCAGGUGGAGUGUGAACUGGACAGCGUGGGCAACGGCGCCUGGGUGAACCACGGCUACUGUGGCUCUCCUCCGCCCUUGCCCCGAGUCGUCAGCACCAUCUACAACCCUCAGCCUCUCUUCCAGGGCUCCAUGGAGAGCAUGUACAAACUGGACACCCCAGGCCCGUUCCACCCUCCACCAGAGGAACCACCAUCAGCUGAGCAAAGUCAGGUGAAGAAACAGAGAGGUUGCUGCUCUUUUAUCAAAGGGUUGUGGGGCACAACAUUGACCGAAAACACCUCAAACAACAGGGAACUGUUUGUCCGAACAACCCUACGGGAGUUACUGGUCUAUCUGGUCUUCCUGGUGGACAUAUGCCUCUUGACAUACGGCAUGACCAACUCAAGCACCUACUAUUACACUAAAGCCAUGACGGACCUGUUUGUGAAUACAGCCGGUGAAAGUGGGGUUAGGUUUCAGUCCAUUGGCACCAUGGCCGACUUCUGGACUUAUGCCCAGGGCCCAUUACUGGACGGCCUCUACUGGACUAAAUGGUACAAUAACCAGUCCCUAGACAGUGGAGACCAGUCCUUCAUCUACUAUGAGAACAUGCUGCUGGGAGUCCCCAGAAUGAGGCAGAUCAAGAUCAAGAACAACUCCUGCAAGGUCCAUGACGACUUCCAAGACGAGAUCACGGGAUGUUUCGAUGUCUACAAUGAGAAGAAGGAGCAGGACCUCAGCUUUGGUCUCAUUAAUGGGACUGCAUGGACCUACCACACAGAGAAAGAGAUAAAGGGUUCCUCUCACUGGGGCUUGCUGACCACCUACAGCGGAGCAGGAUAUUAUCAAGAUCUGGAUCGGACCAAAGACGAGAGCGCCGUCAUAGUGGCUGAACUGAUGGACAACCUUUGGCUGGACCGAGGAACCAGAGUAGUCUUCGUCGAUUUUUCCACUUACAAUGCAAACAUCAACAUGUUCUGUGUCAUCAGGUUGGUGGUUGAAUUCCCAGCGACUGGCGGAGCGAUCCCUUCAUACCAGAUCAGAACAGUCAAACUGAUUCGCUACAUCACCUACUGGGAUUACUUCAUCCUCGGCUGCGAGAUGGUCUUCUGUUUAUUCAUCCUUUAUUAUAUUGUGGAAGAGAGUCUUGAGCUGCGAAUACACAAGUUCUCCUACUUCAAAAGCAUCUGGAACAUACUGGAUCUUGUUGUCAUAAUGCUCGCUGUUGUCGCCAUCGUAUUCAAUAUUUUCCGAACCGUCAAAGUGGACAAGUUGCUUGGAAAACUGCUGGAACAACCUGAUAUCUACGCUGAUUUUGAAUUUCUGGCCUUCUGGCAAACACAGUACAACAACAUGAACGCUGUGAACUUGUUCUUUGCGUGGAUCAAGGUUUUCAAGUACAUCAGUUUUAAUAAGACCAUGACUCAGCUGUCCUCCACGCUGGGUCGAUGUGCUAAAGAUAUCCUGGGAUUCGCCAUCAUGUUCUUCAUUGUCUUCUUCGCUUAUGCUCAGCUUGGAUAUUUGCUCUUUGGGACAGAGGUUGAAUCCUUCAGCACCUUCGUAAAGUGCAUUUUCACACAGUUCAGGAUUAUUCUUGGAGACUUUGAUUACGAUGCCAUCGAUCGUGCUAACAGAGUUCUUGGGCCCAUCUACUUUGUCACUUACGUGUUCUUUGUUUUCUUUGUUCUGCUGAACAUGUUUCUGGCCAUCAUAAACGACACAUAUUCUGAGGUUAAGGAGGAACUCUCAUCCCAAAAAGAUGAACUGCAGAUAACGGACAUCAUCAAACAGAGCUAUAUGAAGACAUUUAUGAAGCUGAAACUCAAAAAGGAGAAGAUAUCAGACGUUCAGAAGGCUCUACACUCUGGAUCUGGAGAAAUCGAAUUCAAGGACUUCAGAGAAACUCUGAAAGAGAUGGGACAUGCCGAUCAUGAGAUCUCGGCAGCCUUCUCACGGUUUGACCGUGACGGGAACCAAAUUUUAGACAAAGACGAACAGGAGAGGAUGAAAACCGAGCUGGAGGAAAAGAGGGACGCUGUAAGCGCUGAACUCAACAACCUUGGAAUGAAUUAUGGGAAAGAAUUACUGGAAAAGCCUCCUGUAGCCUCCAAUGAGCAGAAGAACAACUCAAGUCAAACCUCUGUGGAUCAGGAACAGUUUCUAAAACUGGCCAGGCAGGUUCUCCACCUUGAAAGCUCUGUGGCAGGCAUCACAGCCAGGAUUGAGUUGAUUAUGGAGAAACUGGGGUUACAAGAGAAAGCUAAGUGGAACGAAACUGCAGGGAAACUGUCUGUGAACAGUAAUGACAGUGAUGAAACUGCCUCAGAUGGGAGUGUUCUGGUUUGUGUGGACAGAGGCACCAAGGCCGAGCCGUCGUACAGGAGAUCAGCAGUUCACAUCAACCCCACAUAUGACUGUCAUAUGUGA